AUGUUUGGGUAUGUAGACUGAUGUGCUGGGUGUAACGCCACAGGGUGUGGCUGAUGGUUUUUCAAUCUUCUUAACAUGAGUUCUGGGACGCGGGUGGCGCUGUGGUCUAAACCACAGAGCCUAGGACUUGCCGAUCAGAAGGUCGGCGGUUCGAAUCCCCGCGACGGGGUGAGCUCCCGUUGUUCAGUCCCAGCUCCUGCCAACCUAGCAGUUCGAAAGCACGUCAAAGUGCAAGUAGAUAAAUAGGUACCGCUCCAGCGGGAAGGUAAACAGCGUUUCCGUGCACUGCUCUGGUUCGCCAGAAGCGGCUUAGUCAUGCUGGCCACAUGACCUGGAAGCUGUAAGCUGGUUCCCUCGGCCAGUAAACCGAGAUGAGCGCUGCAACCCCAGAGUCGGCCACAAUUGGACCUAAUGGUCAGGGGUCCCUUUACCUUUAACAUGAGUUCUAGCUGCCUACAAAUUGUUUCGGAAAUGCAGCGGACUGGAUCACACCAGUCAUCUAUUUUUAGUUCUCUUUCAAUGGUUAAACUGUUUAGAAUAGGAUUAAUUUCAAUCUAACAUAUGAUUUUAAUCUCCACAAGUAAGGUUGUAAUUACCAAUGCAUUUUAAUUAGUGAUGUGGUAUCAACAGCACGUCAGCAACCAAUAGCCAUUUUUUGGUGAAAUAACAUUACCAUCACAAACUGUCAAAUUACUUCACUGUUUUCUGCAAAAUUAUUCUUUGUCAAUGCAAUGUGAUUUUGAAUAGAAAUGGAUUCUUAUGCUGCAGUCUUAUGCACACACUCCUGGGCAUAAGCUCCCUUGAACACAGCAGGACUUACUUCUUAAUAAACAUGUGUAGGAUUUCACAGUAAGUGGGGUGGCUCCGAUCUUGAUGAAAUUGAGAUACACUAGUUCAAAACAAGACUUUUACACAGCUGCUCCUCUGCUUGCCACUGUUUCCCUAACUCUGCCCUUUCUACUGUCAAUAUACUGAGACACUAAUAAUAAGAAUAAGAAUAAGAAUAAGAAUAAGAAUAAUAAGAAUAAAUAACUUAUAACCCGCCUAUUUGGCUGGGUUUCCCCAGCCACUCUGGGUGGCUUCCAGCAAAAUAUUAAAAAUCAAUAAUUCAUCAAAUAUUAAAAGCUUCCCUAAACAGGGCUGCCUUCAGAUGUCUUCUAAAAGUCAGAUAUUUAUUUCCUUGACAUCUGGUAGGAGGGUGUUCCACAGGGCAGGCACCACUACCAAAAAGGCUCUCUGCUGGUUCCCUGUAAGUUCGCUUCUUGCAAUGCGGGAACCGCCAUUGCGGUUCAGCGCUGGACCUCAGUGUCCGGACAGAACGAUGGUGGUGGAGACGCUCCUUCAGGUCUACUGGGCUGAGGCCGUUUAGGGCUUUAAAGGUCAGCACCAACACUUUGAAUUGUGCUCGGAAACGUACUGGGAGCCAAUCUUUCAGGACCAGUGUCAUGUGGUCUCAGUGGCCGCUCCCAGUCACCAGUCUAGCUGCCACUAGAUGUGCCCAAAUGAGAAAAUGCAUUCAUACUUGAAGAAAAAUCAACAUGAUUAGAAUAAGGUACGGUAGAUAAACAAUAAGUACAAAAAGUGUUAAAAAGUGAAAAUAGCAAUGGAAAAAGCCACAUGUGGCUUUUGUAUUUUUUAACUGAAAGAACAAUGUAGUAAUUACUGCAUUAAUGAUAGAAUUUUAACCAGUGGUUACAGUAUAUAAACUAGGAAAUAAAAAUAUGUGCCACCACUUGCUACGGAGCCGUAGCGAGAUCCCAGGGGACGCCAGGUACUCGCUUACCAAGUGUUGCUUCCUUUGGGAAGUCAAGGCACAGCGGAGGCUAUGUCUUUAAGAAAUGUGGUUUAUUUUACACACAUUUACACCUAACAGCCUUCAAUGGAGAGGGUGCAGAACAUUACAUCCCAAGAGACUCCUUGCUCCUCUCUAAGCUUCAGCAAGCUUGGGUCCAAAACAAGCAGCCAGUCUCUUGGUGCAGCGUCUCCCAGCCAGCACACAGGGAGUUCUCCCCUGGUCCCCCAGUCCAAACCUCUUUCUCAAAUGCCGCAGCUUUUCCUUCCGCCUGUGUCACCACCCACUGCCCACCUGGAAUUCCCCCUCCCAGCUUGCAUCCUCAAACACUGAUAAUCCUGAACAUGGGAGGAGGGACUCACACUCCUUUCCUCACCAGCACAGGGUAACUGUUUACUGUUUAUGCCAGCCGCUCCUUAUCUUCCUUUCUACAACAUGAUGGUUCUCUCUAAGAGAAUCCUGGCCAAGAAACUGAUUCAGCCUGCAUUUUUAUGUUGCUAAGCUGUCUUGCACCUGGGUGAAAACUUCAGGCAUUUAGUAAUCUCCUACAAUUUUUGGAGGGACGCGGGUGACGCUGUGGGUUAAACCACAGAGCCUAGGACUUGCCAAUCAGAAGGUUGGCGGUUUGAAUCCCCGCGAUGGGGUGAGCUCCUGUUGCUCGGUCCCUGCUCCUGCCAAGCUAGCAGUAUGAAAGCACAAAGUGCAAGUAGAUAAAUAGCCAACUUGUAAAGAUUCCAAAAUAUGGCUAUAGAUGUUAACUGUGUCCAACAUUUUAAAAAUAGCAUAGGUAAUUAACCCCAAAGACACCUUACAAUUUUGGGGGUGGGAUUGGGGGUGGGGAUCUGGUUCCUAGGACUUUUAGGAGACUCUGCCCCCUGCAAACUCAUAACACUAGUGUGAACUCCCCUCCAGCUUGGAAAUCUUGAGGCUUUCAUAGUCCCUGUAAUUGAUCCAUUAUCACCAACCCUUACUGAAAAGUGAAGUAUGUGCUGUUUUUGACAUAUUAGAUAAGGAGCAAACGUAGAUAUGGAACUAAUAACCCCCUGUGUUAAUCUAUCCAUUAGUUAUACUGUUGGAUCGGUUCAAGAGAACAAUGACCAAGUAUGGAAGUUCCAGCGCUACUUUCUGAUUCAAGAGUAUUGCAGUCGCUUAACUAUACCAUUUCCUUUUGUCAUCUUUGCCUAUAUCUACAUGGUGAUGAGGAAACUUUUAAAAUGCUGCUGUAAAAAUGAAUGUAAACAGCCAUCAAUUUGCUGUAAGUAAUGCAGUAUUUUGCACAGUAACUAUUUAUGGGAGGAAGGGUAGGAGUCACAGAAGUGUAUGAAGGCUUCUCAGACAAUUGUUUUCCAAUGUUGCACUUUCAUUUUGAGAGUUACUACAUUUGAAAGGCCAGGGACGCGGGUGGCGCUGUGGGUAAAACCUCAGUGCCUAGGGCUUGCCGAUCGCACGGUCGGCGGUUCGAAUCCCCGCGGCGGGGUGAGCUCCCGUCGUUCGGUCCCAGCUCGUUUCCAUGUGCUGCGCUGGUGCUGGCUCGCCAGAGCAGCUUCGUCACGCUGGCCACGUGACCCGGAAGUGUCUGCGGACAGCGCUGGCCCCCAGCCUCUUAAGUGAGAUGGGCGCACAACCCUAGAGUCAGACACGACUGGCCCGUACGGGCAGGGGUACCUUUACCUUUUUACAUUUGAAAGGUUCCCCAUGUAAAAAUAGCCCUUCAUUGGAACAAAGUAUGGGGUGCUAAAGAGAAAACUAGCUAAAGAGAAAACUGGUUUCCAAUACAGUGGUACCUUGGUUCUCAAACGCCUUGGUACUCAAACACAUUGGUUCCCAAAUGCCAAAAACCCUGAAGUAAAUGUUCCGGUUUUCAAACGUAUUUCAGAAACUGAACGUCUGAUUCCGCUGUCAGCUAUUGUUUCCAGGGCACAUGCCCCAAUCAGAAGCUGAGAACAUUUCGGAAGUCAAACAGGCUUCCGGAACCGAUUAAGUUUGGCACAUUUGUUUUUGCUAUUUAUUUUGCGUUUUUCUUUUUGAGGCUUUUUCAGUUCAUUUGUUUUUGUGACUGUGUGGAACCCAGUUCAGCUACUGAUAGAUUGAUUGUGUGACUGCGGAAAUGGAUAAAAGCCCCCCAUCCAUACAAUGACUAUCAUCAGUGCAGGUAAGAAAAAAAGUUAAUUUUUAUUUUUAUCAUCUACAAUACUGUCUUAUUUAUUUUAUAGUCCAGUACAUAGAUUAUUGCUUUCAUUUUAUGGAUCAAUGGUAUCGUUAGAUAGUAAAAUUCAUGUUAAAUUGCUGUUUUAGGGGUUGCAAUACUUUCUAUGGGAAAGUGUACCUUGGUUUUGGAAUGCUUUGGUUUUGGAACGGACUUCUGGAACGGAUUGAAUUUGAGAGCCAAGGUACCACUGUACUGGGUUAAGCUAAGACACACUUAGCUGAACUCAAUAGGGCUUUUUUCUGGUCUGUCUUCUGAAUUGAGCUGUAAUAGCAUCAGAUCUUCUGAAACAAACUGAGGUUACUGUUUUAGCUGCAUUCAAGAGCUCUUUGUCUGCUUUGUCAAUAAAUAUGCCCAUGUUCCAAUUUUGUGUGGAUUUUAUAUCUUGAAGGUUCAAAAAAUGAAGAUAAUGAAACGCUGGCAUGGGAAGCUGUCAUGAAAGAAAAUUAUCUAGUAAAAAUCAAUAUCAAGGCUAAUGACUCAUCAGAAGAGUAUGUUUUCUGGCUUUCUUUGUCUUUCCCAUCUAAUCAAACUUCAGAGCCUAAAUUUUAUUCUGAAACCCAUACUGGAGACCUUGCAGAGCUUCAUGUUCUUAAAGACUUCUUCAAUUGAUUCAUAUAUAUAUUGGCUUUCCAUUUAAGAAUGAACAGUUAGAAGAGUUCUGGUGCUAAUAAUACAAGCCAACUUGUAAAGAUUCCAAAAUAUGGCUAUAGCUGUUAACUGUGUCCAACAUUUUAAAAAUAGCAUAGGUAAUUAACCCCAAAGCCACCAGUGCAAUGAUGAAAGUAUAUUUUAAGUAACAGCACUAGAACGAAACAAAACUAAAUUUGAAAUGAGUAGCUUUAGUUUUUAUUUUAAACUCUAUCUCAUUUAUGUAAAAUGUAGGACUUCAACCUGAUUAAAGAAAUUUUAAUCAAUUAAUUGUACAAGGCUAUUAACUGAUUAAAUUUACAAAUAGGUAAAACAAGAAGCAUGGGUACUUUGUUUUUUAGAUAAUGCGCACAUGUAUUUUGUGGCAACAUCUUAGAAGAAGCAUCCUUGGCGUGCAGAGAGGGAGUAAGGACUCUCCUAAGGAUUGCAUUAGGGACGCAGAUGGAGCUGUGGUCUAAACCACUGAGCCCAGGGCUUGCCGAUCAGAAGGUUGGCGGUUCGAAUCCCCGUGACGGGGUGAGCUCCCGUUGCUCGGUCCCAGCUCCUGCCCACCUAGCAGUUCGAAAGCACAUCAAAGUGGAAGUAGAUAAAUAGGCGGGAAGGUAAACGGCGUUUCCAUGCGCUGUUCUGGUUCGCCAGAAGAGGCUUAGUCAUGCUGGCCACAUGACCCGGAAGCUGUACGCCGGCUUCCUCGCCCAAUAAAGCGAGAAGAGCGCUGCAACCCCAGAGUCGGUCACGACUGGACCUAAUGGUCAGGGGUCCCUUUACCUUUAAGGAUUACAUUAUAGGUUACAUGGCUACAUCUAUAGGAGCCAACUCCUAGGGGCUUUGGGGGCUUUGGGCCCCAGUAAAAUAUUUGAGGGGGCUGCUCCCCAGUUGAUGGGCCUUGCUAGUCAAAUGGUGUGUAUGCACCACGUCAUGUGAUUGAUUAUGCGGGGAUUAUGAUUGUGCCCCCCCCCCACACAAAUAUUUUAUUGAGGUUGGCACCCCUGGCUAGAUUUGUGUCUCUAGUUAAGACAUCCAUAAAUCAAAGCUUCAUUCCUGAUGGUUAUGUUUCCUUUCACAGAAUGGCCCAGCGAUUUAGACAACUGGAUAUGAAGGUACAUUAUCAUUAUUAAUAAUAAGGUUUUUAGUAUGGGGAAAACUUAUUGUUUUGUUUAUAUGUUGUUGAAAACUACUGUGUCAAGCCUUGACAUACUGUAUUUAUGCAAAUCUAAUGCACCAUCAAAUCUAAUGCACACCUCAACUUUCAGAACCUUGAAACCAAAAAAGUAUUUGCUGGUGAAUGUAAAUGCGGUGUCAGAUCUAAUGCACACCCUAAUUUCCCCAAUGUAAUUUGGCCAAAAAAGGUGCACAUUACAUUUCAGUAAAUAUGGUAAUAAAAAUAAUAACGGUAAUGGCAGUAAUACGCAGCCAUCCAGUAUAAACCCAUGAAGCUCUCAAAUGAAUUGGGUAUUUACAAAUCAUUUAGAAAUUUUGGUGGCUGAGUCAAGAAUUAAAGUAUGUCCUUAGAAGAAAAGCACAGAUAGAAAUUCCUUGUUACAUUAUAGAUCUAAUCAUCCCAAACAUCUCCGUGAUAACCUUCCCUUAGGUCGGUUUCUAAGACUAGAACGCAAUUCAUUGCACCCAAAAAACUUUAAAGUCCAUUCUAAUUUGCUUUCUGCAUCCUUAAUACAACAAGGUUAGCCGAACUCUGUAAUAACAUAUGCCAUUCAAAAAACACAAGAAAGAGAUCGACCCUUCUUACAUCUGGUUCACAUGUAAAGACUAGAUCUUCACGUAUUUAUGCUUCCCUAGAAUACAACCAUAUGACUUUUGAAAUUGAGAAAAUUAUUAGACGCCACUGGCAUAUUCUUAAGGACAUCCCUGGGUGUGAGAAUAUCCCCCUUUUUGCCAAACGACACACUAAGUCAUUUAAAGAUAUAUUGGUGCAUACGGAUUUAGACUCUGUGAAAGGAUUCUGUGGAACUGCAACAACCUUUUGUGUGGAUUGUUGGACUCUAUGAACAGACAGGUGGAAUAGACACUCUCACAUAUAUUUCACAUACCUUAUUCAUAAACUGAUUAGAGAAUGAACUGAUCCACUGGGUCUUCUACUUUUUUCGUUGAACUUUAUGAGCUACUUCUGUUGAAAUCAACAAUUCAAUACAAUGAAUAGUAUAUAUUAUUUUUUCAAACAUACAGCUAGUUACGUCUUGUGUGUUUACUGAAUGUUUCACAUAACCAGAAGUUUGUUGUUGUUUUCCUAAAAAUCACUGCAACCCCCACCCUCCCUGCCCACAUGACCUGGGUUGCUGUGUGUAAGAGAAACCUGGUGGACAAGCAGCGGCAAGAACAGACCCAUCUGCUUCAUCCAACCAAGUCUCUGUCGCACAUGCCAGGUCAAGUCCUCCAUCCCCGAUCAAAUUGUGGAAGACAGCCGUCGUGUGAAUCAUUGACCUGGCAUUGCACAGCAGCACCUUCCGGUCAUGGGGGUCUCCCUUGGUGAUUCCAGUAUCCAUCCAGUCAAGACCAGACCCGGAGGCAGGAAUAAUCUUCAAACAACGACUAAACCUGCCUCCUCAGUAAUGACGUGGUCUGGUCUCAGCAUAACUACUCCUCCUACACGUGAUCACUGAGAUCGGGUGUCCCAGUGCAUCCCGCCCACUGUGGAACCUGCCCCAGCCAUUCUGUUGGCUGGGGUCCACUCCCUGGCAGCCUUGACCCUCUCCCCUUAAGAACCAAAUACAAACUUUAUAAAACAAUAGAAACUAAUUUAAAAAACAACAACAAUUCGGUUAUAUUAAAAAUUAAAUUAACCCCUAGCACCUACUAAACAUUAAUCCCUCCCCUAACAGAGCAAAAACCAAAUGAUAAACCAAAAUUUAAAACACCGCAAAUUAAAACUAUUAGAAAUCAUUUAAAUGCAGUCACUGGACUAGGGCAGGGUGGGCCUACAUAGGCCAGGUGCAAAGGGCCUUUCAGGGAGCGGCCUUCAGCACUCACAGCCCUGCUGUUGGUGUCACAACAAAGGGUUGUGUCAACCAUGUUCCUUUGUUGAAUGAACACCUACCAUAGUAUGCUUGUUGUAAGGAUUAAUAAGAUAAUAUAAGUGAAGCAAUUUGAACAGUUUAUAUGUGCUGUUUAAAUAACAGGUAUUAUUGUUAUUAAUUAUUGUAAACUGCCCUGCAAUCCUCAGGUGAAGGGUGAUUAAGGAAUUUGGGAAAUAACAAGAACAACAACAAUAAUCCAACAUGAGGAGUAGAUUUUAAGCUCUUAUGGUGGCCCUCCUCUUAAAAAGUGAUGCAUCUGUGGGGGGGUGGCAGUUGUGGGAAGCAACGGCAGGUCUUGCCAUCUGUCUUCCACUAAAGAAAUAGGAGCAAGACAGGACAGUGUCAUUCCUCACUUGAAUUCAGAGGACAACUGCAAAAAUGUAAGCUUCAUUUUGGUGCACUCACAUUGCAUGACCAGCAAGUUAUUUUAUGGUGUAUGCCUGCAAACUAGAAAGUAUUAGCUGAGUUACUGGAAUCUGCUACUUAGUUGGGUUAGUUUAAGGCUGAGCUUAUAGACAGUUCUACGCAGUCUCUUCUACUAGUCAGGAGACAAAUCCUGCGCUUGAAUUGUAACAAUGAUUGCUAUUGCCUUAUAAUUCCGUGCGCUUGUUACCCUCUCAUGAGAUGCUUUUUGUUUGUUUGUUUUUAAUUUGAAGCUGAAUGAUCUGAAAGGUCUUCUGAAAGAUUUUGCGAACAAACUCAGAUGA